GUUGGGUUUUAUUUGCCAUGAACUGAGGGAGGAAAGUCACAGAGAAUGGGUAUACUAAGCCUAUGAGGAAUAAAAGUGCAGUCAGACAGAGCGAGGUUAAGAAGCAAAACAACAGCUUUCUUCUGGAUACUGUUCAAACCAAGACAGUCGUUACAGCAGAGGAUGCAAUUGUCAGGAUUAACCAGCGAAUAUUUCGAUAUGAAAAGCCAUGGAGGAACUUCCUCAUUGAAGGUGACAUUGUCAAACCUCUAUGGAGAAAUGCUGUGGUGUCUGAUACCAAGACAUGGCAGAAAUCGCCAGAUGGCGUAGUGAGAAUUCCAUAUGAAAUAUCACAACAAUACGAUGAGGAAACUUGGAGCUCCAUCAGUCGAGGUUUCAAAGACUUUGAGAAAUUCACGUGUGUACACUUUGUGCCUCACAGUGAUGAGAAGGAUUUUAUUUCCAUUCAACCCAUUCACGGGUGUUACUCAUCUGUCGGCCGUGUUGGUGGAAUGCAGGUCAUGUCACUGAAUCACCAGUGCUUGAAGAAGGGGAAAGGUGUUGUUGAACAUGAGAUUAUGCAUGCACUUGGCUUCUGGCAUGAACAUGCGAGGAGCGACCGAGGCAAAUACAUCAAGAUUGAGUGGAAGAAUGUAUGGCCUGGUUAUGAACAUAAUUUCUUGAAACAAAACACCAACAAUCUGGAGACCAAAUAUGAUUAUGGCUCCAUUUUGCACUACAGCAGGACUGCAUUUUCCAAGAAUGGACAGCCAACCCUGAGACCUCUAAUAGAAACAGAUAUUAUGAUUGGCCAGCGAAUUCGUCUGAGUGAGCUCGACUUGUUGAAGAUCAAUCGACUGUACAACUGCACCAUGCACCUCAAAGAUAAGGCCAAUGUUUUGAAACGUCUUCCUUUGCUCAAUGAAAGUGGUUCCUUGCGUGAACUUGGAAGAACCAAAGAAGCAGAGAGAUUAAAACCUCUUUUGAAUAUCUCUCCUGAAACAGCUAAAGUGAGAGUUCAUAUGCCAGAACAGCAGGUGGUGAGUUUGCGUGGGAAUGGGUCCACAGUGGAUCAAAGUACGGCCAUUGUGCAUGAAUAUCCCAAAUGCAUUCUCCUACGCAAGUGUGCACCUAUUAGUCGACUGACUAAGUCAGGGCCUGAAGUCUACAAUACUUCUUUCAUCACAGCAUUCAAGGAAUCAGCCACUGAAGCAUCGGGGGACCAGAGCAGGCCUGUUAGGGCUCAGGUCAGUAAAGGAGAGGCUAAGACAUUUCUACGUUUGCCUUUUGCUCAGAGUCUGUUGACAAACUCAGCGACUAUGGACUCAUCUCUGCAUUCAAUGUCUCCCACACUGGCGCAGAGAUCUCUAGGUCAAGGACCUGCACUUUGCCCCAGAACAUGCGUCAGAUGCUGUACCAAGGAACAUGUUUUGCAUCCACACAGCCAAAAGCCAACAGAUAAGAUUGAACCAUUGGCAGCAUCUCUGCACACAGUUAAAUCUGACACCCAGACUCAAGCGACAGUGCGGUUUCUGGCUGACUUAUUGACCACUGAAGAAUGGUCACUUGAAAUCGAUGAAUACAGCCAGCCAGUUUGA